UGGCAGUUUUCUGGAAACCACCUACAGCUCUUCCCUCUCUGUCCUAAGCCCCACUCACCACAUGAGCAAAGGCAUAUCUACACACUUCAUACAGUAACCCAGUGUUUCCCAUGGCUUAUUGUAUUUUACUGUAAAGCUCUCUUUCUGUUUAUCAGACCACAAAUAAGACAAGAAUUAGCUAGCUAUUUCACCCCGCUGUCCCUCUGCCAAUUCCAGGGACAGACUUUGGUCAGCGACUGUAGCAACCUCAGUGGUCAGCGGACUGGUAGCCAGCAGCAGCACCGGGUCUAACCUGGCAUGGCUGACUGGUCCACCAGUGCUGCCUGCUCUCCUCUCGGUGAAGUGGCCUCUAGCAGUGGGGAGUGAGGCAGAGAAUACUGUGAUUCGAGGCUCUAGCUAAUUGUAGCUACAUAAACGGGAAAUUGAAGCCAUGGCCAUGAGCCUUUAGCUUCGGUUAUCAGAAGGCUAAAUUAUUAGCAACAUUUUCUCUCCAGCUCUGAAAUGCUUUGCAGAUAUUGACAUGUGUUUUCUUUCAUUUAUUGUCAGACUCUCUUUUCGAUAAAUCCAUCUUUGUUUUUUGUAUCCCUUUGCAGUGAAGGCAGUUGUAGCCAGUGCUGAAAUAGACACCGUCUCUGCAGGAUUGUCAACCAUGGAAUCAGGCUUUCACUGAUGGGAUGAGCACUUGCAGGUGUGUUGUAGAAUAGCCAAUAGUAAUGCCCGUUCUCUGAAAUGACCUUUGAUCGGCCAGAGUCUCCAGUUACUGGCUACAAAAGCCUGAGAGCAGAGCCAAGAGAAGGUGCCGAGGUUUCUCUUAUUAACUGGAAUUACAAUGUGCGCAAUGCUUGAUGCCUACAUAAAACUGCCUACCCAGCUUUAAGCUUCCAAAAGAAUUUGGAACACCAGACUGACAUUUGGGAACUUUGCUGGUACUCUACACCACUUGCAGAGGAAUGGCCAAUGAGCAGAAACAAAGCAGGGCAGAAACAUUGAUAUUGGCUGGAUCAAACGGUCACAAUGGCCAACAAUGGCAGACUAGCCUGAAUAACUUGGUUGGUCAUCCUCCAGGCACAAACCACAGGUCGAGGAUGGCCCGUGUUGCUUCAGAUGUGAGGCAAAAGUGUGCAGCCUACGUGCUCGCACUGAGACCGUGGAGCUUCAGUGCCUCGCUCACACCCGUGGCCCUCGGCAGCGCCUUGGCGUACAAACUGGAGGGCUCUGUGGACUUGGUCAUCCUGAUGGUGUGUGCGGUGACGGUUCUCGUAGUCCACGGGGCGGGCAACCUCGUAAACACCUACUAUGACUUCUCCAAAGGGAUUGACCACAAGAAGAGCGACGAUAGGACUCUGGUGGAUGAAAUCCUGGCACCGCAGGAUGUUGUCAUGUUUGGAGCGUUGUUAUAUUCUUUGGGGUGCUUGUGUGCCACUCUGCUCUAUUUCCUGUCUACGCUUAGACUGGAGCACCUAGCUCUUAUUUACUUCGGGGGACUGUCCAGCUCUUUUUUAUACACUGGAGGCAUCGGCCUCAAAUACGUGGCCCUGGGAGACGUGGUAAUCCUCAUCACAUUCGGCCCACUGGCGGUCAUGUUUUCCCACGCGGUGCAGGUUGGCUACUUGUCUGCACUCCCGCUGGUGUACGCCGUCCCGCUGGCCCUCAACACGGAAGCUAUCCUCCACAGCAACAACACCAGAGACAUGGACUCUGACAAGCAGGCGGGCAUCGUCACCCUGGCCAUCCUCAUAGGCCCCACGCUGUCCUACGUCCUCUACAACCUCCUGCUUUUCGUCCCCUACGUGCUCUUCUGCAUCCUCGCCACCCGUUACACCAUCAGCAUGGCGCUGCCUCUGCUCACGCUGCCCAUGGCCUUCCCCCUGGAGAAGCAGUUCCGCAGCCGAUGCUACGCCAAGAUCCCCCAGAAGACGGCCAAGCUAAACCUCCUGAUGGGACUUUUCUACGUGUUUGGGAUAAUUCUGGCACCUCCUGGCAGCUUGCCGUCACUGUGAUUAAUUAGCUUUGAUAUUUCAAAUUUUGUUCUUUUAAUACAGACUAGUUUUAUGUACCUCUUUGUAUUUGUACGAAGCAAUCUGAGGGCUUUCAUUGGCUUUAAUUUAUUGUCAUAUUUAUAUGUCAAACAGAGAUUUAGUUUAGGUCCUCCUCUGUGACACUGAAGGCGUAAUCAGAUGUAUUUUUUCAGUAUUAAGCCUGCUGUAAUGUGUUGGUAAAAGAAGUGUUGGUGUCAUUUUGUAGAGGUAGGCAACAUUUUCAUCAUCUAAUGACGGACACUAAACCUACAGUUGCCAUAUUUGUUGUUCUUAAAGACACAGCACAACACUGAUACCUAAAAACAUCAAACCAUUGUCAUAUUCUCAACAUUUUCUUCUGUGCAAGGUACAUGCUGUUAAUUUGUCCAUUGUGAUUUCUUUUUUUUCUUUGGAGAGCCAAAUAGUAUUUCAUUGGAUAAUAAAACUUACUGACGUUGAUGU